UUUAAAGCACCCUAUGACAAUAAAUUACUAGUACUACCCCUGCGCCGCGAGCCAGGCCGCCGCCGCGCCGCCGUCGCCCGCCGCGUCCCAGAGCGCGACCGACCCGCCAGCCCCGGCGGCCACGAGCACCAAGGGGUCCACCGCGUCGAACGCGAGCGCGAAAAGCUCGCCGACGGCGAGGUCCCGGGCCGCGACGGGCGCAGGCGGCCCCGGCGCGCCGCCGCAGUCCCAGAGCUUGACCGACGCGUCCGCCGACGCCGUCGCGAGGAGCCCGGCGGCCGUUUCGGAAAAGCAGACGGCGGACGCGGCCGCCCCGUGCGCCCGAAGCGACCAGAGCGGCGCGGCGGCCGCGCGGACGUCGAACGCGACGACGCCGCCGGUCUCGUCGCCCGCCACGAGCGUCGUCGCGACGAACGGGUCCCACGCGACCUGCUCGACGCGGCCUCCCGCGGCGAACGUCGCGCCCGCCGUCGCGCGUCGCGCGUCGCGCACCGCGAGGCGGCCGUCGUGGCCGCCCGUGGCGAGGCAGGCGGGCUCGGCCGGGUGCCACGCGACCUGCGACGGGUCUCCGCGUGCGUCGACGCCCCGGCCGACGACGCUCGAGUCGGCGCCGGCGCCGCGCGCUCGACACGCGGUCGCCGUGGUGCGUCCACGUCACCGCACACGCGCGUGCGUUCAAAUCCCAGAGCUUGACGGUGCGGUCCGCGGAGCCGGAGGCGAGGACCGUCGGCGAGUGGCGUCGCCACGAGACGGACAGCACGGCGUCGCCGUGCGCGCCCGGCGUCGGCCGCGGCGCCUUCCGCCCGGCGGCCGUGGGCGCGUCGCCGCCCAGGCUCGCGACGGGCGCCGCGGGCUCCAUGACGUCCAGAUCCCACACGUCGAUGCGCGGCUCCAUCGUCCCGACCGCGACGCGGGCGCCCGCCGAGCCGUGCUGCAGGAACGCGAGCGCCAGCGGGAACGCCUCCAGUCGAACGUCGUGGUGCACGUAGAGGCUCCCCUGCUCGUCGUCGUACACGUACAUUUCUACGCACGAGAAGUCGUCCUCGGUGCGGCCCGCCAGGAACACGGCGUCCGACGCGCGGACCGCGUCGUCCUCCGCGUCGCUGUCCGCGGCGCCCCCCUUCGCGGCCCGCGGCUGCGGCGCGCAGGCCCCGCGGGGGACGGCGCAGACCGCGCUAAUCAUUUGUCUUGUUCUCAAUCACAAGUCUAGGUUGAGCUCCUAGUUGGGCGUCUGCGGACGUAUAAAAGUACUCGUGACA